GUUAUCACGCGAAACAAUUUCACAACAGCCUGAUUAACAACAGCACCUGAAUACGCCGAAUCAAGCAGGCAAACGGGAGUUGAAAUCAAUCGUAAAACAAGGUGAGUUUUUUGUCGUAUUAUUUCGGUCAAUUCUUGACAAUUUUACAAACUCUUGCCGCAAAUAGCUGCCUGGUUUUAAAGCGAAACGCUAUGCUUUUGCUUGCUACAACCGGAGGCUAUAAGCGACAACGCGGUUUAAUCGCAUCUUGACCGGGCGAGGGACAGAAUGCUUUGCUGAGCUUUAUACGAGCGUAAAUAACUCGGUAUAUGUAGAGGAGUAGAUCUAUACAGCCACCCCGAUAACCAGGUUUAAAGAAAGGCCAGAAACGGUCGUACGUUUGAAGAAUUUCGCGUAUGUGAGGACACGCCGUUGUCGAGGGAUCAAAUUCUCAACUCCGAGCACCUGGUCUACAGAAGCGUGAAAUGAAUCGCUUGGCGGGCACAAAUGAUGAAUUUUUCUCAAGAUAAAUACUAAAGGUAUUACUGCGUUGCGUGACAAGUGCUAAAGGAGCGAGUUUCUGGCGUGUUUUACGAGCAGACUAAAGUGUUUUGCGUGAGGUGUCUCUGACGGCACCUGGCCCCUAUUGUAGCUGUGGUCAAUCACAAUAAAGGCGCCGCUUCGAGUGCUUGCUAGAACUCGGAAAAAACGCACGACUCUUAGUAUCCCUCGCACAAAAAGCCUUCCUCGCAAUGUUGUCGAACACUAUAGCGCUAUACAGAGUAUUUUGAGAGCCUCUAGGGCGGUUUUAUGCCAUGUUCUGGUCUCCACACGCGAACAAAGUUGCACAUGUUGAAUAUUUAAUUUAGACCAGAGAUUCGCAAUUAACACGAAUGAGACACGCGAUUUAUGAUCAGCCAGGAAAAGUAACAAAAUAUAACCCUAAAACCUCGACUGUAUGGACUAUUAAGAACGUAAAUUCGCCAAGCUAAAGCCUCCCUAAUUCUCCCUGGCUUCCAACAAGCGGACAUGCAAAAUAUUGUAAAAUAUAAUGGCGUGCAUUAUUUAUUCAUAAUGCUAGAAUAAUUAUCUAUGUGUCCAGGUGAAAGUUUCGUUUUUACAAAAAAACAACAAGCCGUUGGAUUUAAAUGAACACGGCAAAGUUUCCUUAACCGUAGCUUGAAAUAUAUAUCGUUUGAAUGAAAUUAUUUAUUCGCUCUGAAACGGUUCAACUGAGACGCUCGAUCGCUCUUGCUAACAUGGCGUGUGAGAUAUUGAGCCGUGUUUGUACAGUAUUUAAAUCGCGUUUGUACAAAUUUGCUUUGGCGUUCUUUGUGGUGUAAAAAACAGCCAUUAAAUAUCUUUUUAAAAGAACGCUUUUGUGAGGCGAUGUAGGGUUGGAAAAAAAGACAAAAGUGCUAUGAUAUUUCGGAAGGCGAACAAAGGAAGAUAUAACUAAAAUGAAAAAUGAUAUUCCGUUUGCCAGUAGCGGCUUAACUUGAUUAUACACGCCAACAGGCGUAUUCAUUUCCUUUGAGCUGGAAAUGACAUUUGCCUAGCGGUCGCCACUUGAGAUAGAGCGCUCGAGCGUGUGUUCAAAAUUCACACACACACACGACACUCGUAUAAAAGCGAAAGUCGAGAAUAGAAAAAUGUAUGCGCGACGUAUAUCGAAAUUGGCAUCAAAGCGAAAACUUUUAACCGCCAAAAAGCCCCCUGAAGCGAAAAUACUCUGCAUUAGUGAAAAGCAAAUAUCUCUUUGCGUUCGCUUUGAUUAUAGAGUCAGCUUCGCGGAAAAAAACAAUCAAAAAACGCGAUGAUGGAAAGUGGUGGAUAUAGUAUAGACUAUGAUGUGAUUGAGGAAGCCCCGGAAUUUGACGACAGACCAGUGAGGCGAACCUAUCCAGCGUUUAUAGAAGAUAAAACAUUCUUGCCAACUUUCAGUCUGUCAAGCAAACCCCGAGUCCUGGACCACGACGAGGAGGAAUACACGGAGUUGACACUAGGAGACGAAAUAAAUGAUCGCACUUUGGACAGCUCCGCACUCAAUGCUGAUGUCAUUGAUGAUAGCGAACGUUGGCAUGUCUGUCACAAAUGUAACAAAGUGUUCGGCACGGCCAAGGAGCUGCGAAGACAUUUACCACGGCAUAAAGUAUCCAAGAAAGUUUACGAAUGCGAGAUAUGUUAUAGGACCUUUACACAGUCCAACCAUCUUAAGCAACAUAUGCCCGUACACUCAGGUAAGAUAAAGAUCCAGACAUAUACAGUAAGGUCUGAAGAUUGCUGCACAGACUGUGAUAUCGCGAUACAUGUGACUAUUUGAUAUUUACGUGAUCGAGCAUGAUAUAGCGCUAAGGAUUCAAAUUACAACACAGUGAAUACACCAUGAUACAAGGCCUGUGUCUUUGUAUAACACUCUCUGAUGUUUUCACCGUGCAAUUGCUUGUGGUUUAGACUUUGGAAACGUAACUGCACGAAAGCAGUUAUGAAAAUGCAACUAGCCACCGCUUCCAGGUUAGUUUGAUGAAACUGUAAAUAAAAGUUUGCGAGUUCACGAUGACAACGAGGUUUAUCAAUAUCAGACAUGUUUCCUCUGCCGCUUUAUUAAGUAUAUCGGAGGCGGAGCAGCGAUGUUUGAAAGCUGUCUGUAUAUACAAUAUAUAUUCUUUCACUGAUCUUUCAAGCAUGAAGGAAAUAUCGCGCACAAAGCGUUGCUAACUAAUUUCACGCUCUUCUAUUUAUAACACGAGCUCAAUGUAUGAGGAAACUGAGCCAAAAACUAACAUUCACGCCUACGCUAAAAUUUUACAUCGUAAAUAAAGGUAUGACUUAUGAGAGAUUAUAUUAUACAGCAGGUACGAAUUUGAGGCCUAGUUUAUACUAUCAAAGUUUUUGUGAUCACCAGUGGGAAUUUUGCACUUUUGAAGGAUUUGUAAGACAUGUUUGAGGAAACUGAGUCACUGUUUAACACUGGAUCAGUUUCCUCAAACAUUUCUUACAAAUCCUUCAAAACUUAGAAUUUACCAAUGCAAAAUUCCUACUGUGAUCACAGAAACUUUGAUAGUGUAAACCAGGUUUACCAGAUUCUGUUAAUCCAGUGGUUUUUGUAAUGUUGACCAGACUGUAGAAAAUUGCAAGUGGAGUUCUGCCCAAACUUUGGUAUUGUGAGGAAACUAUACGAAAAUGCAAUUUACACUUGCUAUAUAACAUAUGGCAUUAUUUUGCAUUACAAACUUUUCAAUUAUCAAGUUGCUGUUAUUGCCAGCGUUUUGCACGCAAGCUGGAAACAUCUGCCAGACGAACUAGAGGUUAAAUAGUCUCUGUUGAUUUAGCCUGCGUAGGGUUUUAAGGGGUUGAGGGAGUCAUCCUGUACGACUUAUUUGGUCUUUGACUCAAUAAAAGACUUCAAAUAUACAUUGUUUUGUACAAUAUUGGAAAGUUUUGAAACAGGUGCAGGAUUCCAGUCUUUUUAUCUGGCUUAAACUUUGAAUAUUGAGAAAAGACUUUAAUUAAUAACCAGAGCGCGAUAGUGCAUGAUUUUUAGUCGUACGUGACUGGUACUUCAAUGAUUAUUGCCAGACACUUGCGCUGGUGAAAACUUCAGAUGACUCAAGGUGUACUUAGUCUACAGUACAGGUUUCAGAAAGGUAUUCAUUGAGUAAUCUGAAACUACGAGUUUAUAGAAGAAGAAGCACAAUUGUAUAUACAAAUACUCCUGCAUUUCUUAGCCGCAUCAGUCCAAUCAUGUUUAAAGCCAAGUCAUUUUAUGCACGUAUUCAGACUAAAUUAUGGUUUUAAAUAACUCGGGCUUGGAAAGUUCAAAUGGUACAAACAAAGCGUUAAGCACGCAGAUAGCAAGAAUAGCGCGUACCAGACCAUAAAUAUUGGUUUGGUUAGUAUAUCUCCGGUACUUAUGUAUUAUAAGUUGUUAAAUAUUACUAAUUUCCUGAUGGUAAAGAUUUUUCCUCAAAACCUUGGAGAACCUGCCAACACUUUCAAAAAAUCCUCAAGAAAUCCAAAGAUUUUCUUUCUGGACAAUUUUUCGAUGUUAUUUCAGGCUUGGCAAACAGCACGUACACAGUAUGUGUUCUAAUUUCAAUUCAUGUUGGACCAUUUAAGCAGCUAAUUUGCCACAUGCAAGUCAAUUUCACGCCUGUGCUUUGUUUCGUCUAUGCAAAAAAGAAAGUUCAGAAUAACGUAUUUGCUAGAUGUACAAAGUUUAUGUUUUGUACAGUCGCAAAUUAACUAUUCGUAUUAACCAUGGUUAGCAAAGAAAUUAUAUUCCAAGAGGAAAUAUUUCUAAGAAAUAUCCAAUUACCCACAUGUGUAAAUCCCAUGAGUCCAUGACAUGUGUUAUGCGUAGAGCUACUGACACAAAAAGGUUACGUGGGCUACACAUACCUUUCAGGAUUUGACAAUUCACGUACUUUACACGCGCCACGCAAAAAGUUUUGGAAUAUGGAUGUGAGAUAUGUAAAUAUGUUGUAAAUGAAGAGCAACGCUGUGUCAAUAUUUAACCGGCGGUUCCUGUCAAGUUUGCAUUGUUAUUUUAAUGAGCUGAUAAGGAAAAUAAUUCUGCUUAGCUUUAGAGAAAUAAUUAACAAAAGAGCUAUCGUUCAUACGCUGCAGUCAGGAAAGAAACUACAAACCUAAUUUAUGCGAGAGAAUCUUCCAUUUAAUUCCUUUUUUCCUCACCAUCCCAUAGUGAGAAAUCCACAACUAAAUUGAAACAAUGAAAUAUGCUAUAUUAGUUCUAAUUGAAAUUAGAAUAACUCACCUUUGUCAGUAAGGGUCAGACCAUUAGAAAUCCCGGGAGGGGCGGGGGUGAAAAUUCCCGGGGGAAAAAUUCGCGCAGCCAUUACAUCAGAGAAAAAAAAUUGUGCAAGCAAACAGCAAAGUGUAAAUAGUCUUGAAAAAAAAUUCUUGCAGAGGUUAAAUGCAUAAAAAAAACCCUGCAGAGACAUGAGACUGAAAAAAAAAUCGUGCCGCAAAAAUUUUAUACCCCCCCCCUCCCUCCCGGGAUUUCUAAUGGUCCGCCCCUAAGUUAGUAGCCAACUAUUAACUUCCAGGUACUAAUUUCACAACCAAGGGCCUUCCCUCAAAUUGUCGAAGUUUGACAAAUUGUAACUCUCCGAUAGCUGCAUCCCUAUCAAUCCGAAGCUUUCUCGUGAUAAGAGUGGCAUUUCAUGUGACAUACUGUGUAAAACCCGAAAUAUUUUGUAGUUGACUUUCCUUCGCUCUUCUCACACAAAUGUCGCAUUCUUUCAUUCCAGGAGAGAAACCAUUUAAAUGUCCUCAAUGUGACAUGACGUUCACGAGGUCGAGCAGUCUGACGCGACAUCAGAUCAUUCACAGCGGCAACAAGCCUUAUCAAUGCAAGAUUUGCUCCAAAGGAUUCAACCGCAAUGGAAACUUGAAAGAUCACAUGUUUACCCAUGCGCAGCACAAACCUUAUAAAUGCAAAAUCUGCGCUCGUGAGUUCGUGCAGUCCAACAAGUUUAAGUCUCAUGUUCAAAUGCACACUGGGACAUCGCUUGACGAGUGGGCCAUGUUUAAUGUGAACAUUAUAGAUGAUAAUUUGCGAGAGUCAUCGUAACAUGGAAUUCUGUGGAAGGGGCCAUGGUAUACAAAGAUAGCUGGACAUGAGAAAAGGAGAGAAACGUGCAAAAAAACUGAAAUGCAAGAACUUGAAAACAGUUUGAUAGUUUGCAGGAAACCUAAGGUAAGGCUGUGUAAAGUGGAACUCAUAUUUGUGAGGAUAAUGGAAAGCUUGGUCAGAGAGAACUGCUUUAAACUGAACUGUCACAAUUUCUAUUAUGGAGCCAUCUUCACAAGGCGCUGGGGGAGACAGAAAUGGUAUACAUACACAGAGAUAGCUGCAAAUAAGGACAGGUAUAGCAAACUACAAUCAAGUAUAGUAAACUUUUCAGAAGAAUGUUAAAAUUGAAGAAUAGAUGGAAGGAAAGCCCACAGAAACUUGUAGUUACUUCAAAGGCAUGAAUUUCAACAAGCAAUAGGCCAAUAGGGCAUGGUGAUCAUAUUUAUAAGAGAAUGCUAAUUAAACUACGUCAAAAUAUCCUGUAAUUCCAGUUUCUCAAGCAGCCCUGUUUUUUUCUGCCGACCCAUUGUUGUUUUGGAUACAGUUGGUUGCUUACUUAUUGACCUAGAUUUUUUGCUGCUUGCUCGAUCAUACAACAUGACAUGAAAAGUGGUGUCAGUUGUCAAAAUUAUUGCUUCUGGAAAUACUUAAAGAUGCGGUACAGUCCGAUCUGCGCAUGUGCACAAAGGAGCCUUCUUUUUGUUAUACAAACAGUUUAUUUAGGUUUUUAUUUAAUUUUAUGGUCUUGCAAAGUUUAAUUGUUGUGUCUUGAUAAUUUAUUAUACUCUAGAAUCAUGAAAAUAUAAAUAGUUGUCGAAUAAAAUUCAAUAUUUUGGAUACCGACAUGUAAACAAAGCCUUUGUUUACAUACGGACUGUACCGCAUCUUUAAUAUGCAUUGUGACCAUGGCAAGAUCCAUCACCAUUACUGACCAAUAUCAAACAAAAAAAUUUUCAAAUAAAAACUUUUCAGGAUACGAGACCAGAAUGACAGGAUUUUUUUGUUACCAUAGCCCAAAUGAAAAUUAACAUUUUUUCUCACUCUUGUAAAGUUGAUCACUAUUGUGAAACUCGCCUUUAUUACAGAAUAUUUGGUACAAAAAUCUAAGUUAUUAACUAUAUUUAUUAUAUAAACAUAAGUGCUACAUAGAGUUUUUGGUAAAAAAAUACGAUAUUUUUACGUGUGAAAAUAUCAUUUGUUGUAAAACGCAUUGCCACAGACGUUUUAUUACUGAAUUUUGUUUAUAUAAUAAACAGAAAAAUACAUGGGUGCUUGGAAAUACCAAAUUUAUUUCUUGUGUUGAACAUGAUAUCUCACUCGUUCGCUGCGCUGACUCGUGAGAUAUCAUGUUCAACACUCGAAAUAAAUCUGGUAUUUCUGUGCACCCAUGUAUUGUUCUCUAUGUAUAUUUCUAUAAAGCAUAUCAGAUACGGUUAUAAAUACUCAUAUUACUAAACAGAGAACAUAUUUAAGAACUAUUUAAGGACAUGCCCUCUGAUUGUGUACACAACAGUCAAGCUGAAAAUUUUGCUUGACCAUUGCGAGAAUCAAACCCACGACCUUUGGUCAUCCGAUGCUCUACCCAACUGGGCUACAAGGUGAAGUCGGUUGGGUGAAGGGUUUAUAUACUGUAAAGUUACCAGAAAGUGUACAGUACUAGGAAAAUGUAUUUUUUCAUAAGCAUAUGUAUUGUUGUGUUCAAUUUGUUUGUCUGUAGUACAGAACUAUCUUGUAUAUACAUAGAACGUAGUGAUAGUUAGCAAAUAUAUAGCAAUUUACCUGAAUAUUAUUACAUUUGGUAUAUUUUUUAUUUGAUAUUAAAAUGUACCUGUAAGGUAUUCCGUCU